AUGCGUGGAGAAGAACCGUCCAGGAGCCCCAAGUUCCCAAUCGCGCUGUUGUACGCCUACGCGAGUGUAUGGAAAUCAUUUGACCUCUUCACCAAUCGCACCAGCCUGCUGGCCGAGGUGGUGUUCCGCGCCGGCUGGUCCUGCUAUGAGGCCAUAACGCCGCAAGGCGUCCAGGAGAACCUACGUGGGAUUCGCUUCAACGAUGACGGGUACAAUAGGCUAGCGCCGAUUCUGGGCGACCUGGAACUUUGGCUGUGCGUCGUAUGUAACUGUAGCACGGCGUAG